AUGCCCCGCAUCGUGAAGGGCGAGGCCGCCGCCAACCCCAACGUCAUCGACGACAUCCGCCCGCGCCCGGACACCCCGGAGGAUGAGGCCGCGGCCGCCGCGCGCGCGCGGCGGCGACGCGCCGGGCCGCGGCAUCAUCCUUCCGAGUACCCCAAGGGCGCGGUCGUGCGCGUGAAGCUGCACAACUUCAUGACGUACGGCGACGUCGAGAUGGAGCCCGGGCCGCGUCUGAACGUCAUCCUCGGCCCGAACGGCACGGGGAAGUCCUCCUUCGUGUGCGCGCUCGCGAUCGGCCUCGCCGGGAGCACGAGACUCCUCGGCCGCGCGGACAAGAUCGCGGAGUUCGUCAAGCGCGGCGAAGAGUCCGGCUACUCCGAGAUCACGCUCGCGACGGGGUCGGACAGUGGGACGAUGGUCGUGAAGCGAGAGAUCAGACGGCGGGACGCGAGCAGCGUGUGGAAAGUCAACGGCGUGAUCGUGACGCAGGAGCGCGUCAAGCGAGAGAUGAAGGCGCUCGGCGUGCAGCUGGAUAACCUGUGUCAGUUUCUCCCGCAAGAUCGCGUCGUCGAGUUCGCCAAGAUGACCCCGGAGCAGCUCCUCCUGGAGACGGAGAAGACGAUCGAGAACGGGCAGCUGCACGACAAGCACGCGAGUCUGAUCGAGAUGAAGCAAGGGAUCGCGGAUCUGGAGCGCGACGUGAGCUCCAAGCGCGCGAGGGUGGAGAAGUUGAAGCUCGAAAACGCGUCGCUCGAGCGCGACGUCGACAGGUUCAACGAGCGCGAGAAACUCGUCAAGGAGGCGGAGGACAUGAAGAAGAAGCGGCCGUGGCUGGAGCACGAGAAGGCGCGCUCGAAGUGGGGCGACGCGAAGCAAAACCUAAAGGAGUGCAACAGGCUCAUCGCGGAGAAGGAGAGAGAGCUCGCGCAGUUCACGGAGCCCGUGACGCUCAUGAACCGGUUGACGACGGAGAACCACGCGCGGCUCCAGGCGGCGUCCAAGGCGAAGAGAGACGCGUCGAGGAGGCGAGAGAACGCGACGAACGAGCUCGAAGACCUCGCGACGGACGCGACGCGGUCGGCGAAGCAGCUCCAGAACGCGAGGGAGCGCAUCAUGAAGCAGCGCGGGCAGCUCGCGGCGAAGGAGAGGGAGCUACAGCGGGCGAAGAAGGCGCUGGCGGAUGCGCCAGAGCCGCCGGACAACGCGAAGGAGCUCGCCGAGGCGAAGAAGGCGGCGAACGAUAAGAACCUCGAGUGGCGCGCGGUGGAGAACAAGAGGGACGACCUGCACGCGCAGCUGCGACAGCCGCAGGCGAGGCUGAAGUCGAUGGAGGAUCGAUUGGCGGGGAUCGACUCCAUCCGCGGGCAAAAGUUGGAGAGGCUGCAGUGGGCGAACCAGCGAAGCCGGGGGUUUAACAUCCAGAGAGGCGACGAGUACGUGAGAGAACAUCGUAACGGCUUCCACAAGCCCGUCAUCGGGCCGCUGCUCACGCUCGUGGAGUGCGAGGACGCGACGCAUCGGAACUACCUCGAGCAGAACGUCCCCAGGUGGGCGUGGGGCACGUACAUCACGCAGGACGACCGCGACCGCGACAAGCUCUCGCAAGCGUUUAAAGAUUUCGGCCUCAACGUCAUGAACAUCACGAACGUGUCGUAUCGAGAGCCGGACGUGUCGCAUCUGCGCUCGUGGGGCGUGACGCACCGGCUAGACCAGUGCUUCCAGGCGGAACCGAUCGUGAAGCAGGCGCUGUGUGACGCGGGUAACGUCGACAGGGCGUUCGUUAUGGACCCGAAAGUCACGGACGCGCAAGUGGAGAAGCUGUUGAAGGAGACGAACGACGUCCCGAAGGCGCUGACGCCGCGGACGGUGUUCAACAAAACCAAGUCGCGCUACGACCCGAGCGCGAUCACGUUGAGCACGUACGGCGUGAAGAACAGCCAGCUGUUCACGGCGAACGCGAACGCGAGCCAGCGCGCGGAGGUCGUGGAGGAGAUCAAAGGCUUGAAAGACGACGUGGCGACGGUCAAGCGCUCCAUCGAGGCGGCGAAUCAGGAGUGGAACGCGCUCCAAGGGCAGUACCUCGCGGCGACGAAGAGACGGGAUUUCAUCUCGAGCAUGCGCAGGGACGCGGUCCAGAAGAAGAACGCGCUGCAGCAGCAGGUGCAGGUGGCGGAGAAGGCGCUGGAUCUGUGCCGAAAGAGCGAGGACGUGGAGGGACUCGAGGCGACCGUCGCCGCGAAGCUCAAGGAGAACACGGAGAAGCGGGAGAAAGCCGUCGCCGCGGUGACGGAGGCGACGGCGGCGUGCUUGAAGCACAUGCGCGAGCGCACCGCGUGCUUCUUGCGCGCGGAGGAGUGCAAGGUUCAGUCCGCGCACCUCCAGGAGGUGCUCGACGCCGCGAAAGGAGAUCAAAAGGAUCUCUUGGCGGCCAAGGAUGAGUGCGUGUCGAAUUGCGUCAAGACCAAGGAGAAGGCGCGCGAGACGAAGCAAGCCGCGGAGAGCGAAGCGCCGAUGACGCCGGAGCUCCAGGAGAAAUUUCUGGAGUACCCGGCGACGACGGAAGAGCUGGACGAGACGAUCGACGCGAUAGAGACCGAGGCGGACGCCAUCUUGUGCCCGAACGGGAUGGUGCUGGAGGACUUCAAGCGUCGAAAACAGGAGAUCGACGCCAUCGAGGCGGACCUCAAGACGGGGGAGGCAGAGUUGACCGAGAAGCAGAGCGACAUCGCGACGGUGAAGGACGCGUGGCUCCCGAAGCUGCGCGAGCUCGUGGAUAACAUCAACGAGCAGUUCAAGAACAACUUCGCCGCGAUCGGGUGCGCCGGGGAGGUGAAGCUCGAGGAGAGAGGCGACGCGUUCGACGCGUAUCGACUCGAGCUCUACGUGAAAUUUCGCGCGGCGACGGACAUGCACAUCCUGGACGCGCACCGGCAGUCCGGCGGCGAGCGCUCGGUCUCGACGAUGCUAUACCUCAUCUCGCUGCAGGAGCUGACGAAAGCGCCGUUCCGCGUCGUGGACGAGAUCAACCAGGGGAUGGACCCGGUGAACGAGCGGAAAAUUUUCAAGCGGAUGACCAACGCGGCGUCGAGGGAGGACACGCCGCAGACGUUUUUGCUCACGCCCAAGCUGCUGAAUAACUUGGAGUACACCGAGGACUGCACGGUGCUGUGCAUCUUCAACGGGCCGUGGAUCGCGGAGACGGCGAAGCAGUGGCGCGGGAUUCAGUCGCUGCUCAUGCCGAUGGGGGCGGGGGGAGGGCCGGGCACGCCGUGA